CAGUCGUCUUGAUUAAUCAGGACAAAUUCCAAAGAGAAAAAUCCAAGUCCCAAUAUUAUUUUCGUUUCUCUCUUUCUCUUUCUCUUUAAUUCUCUCUGUGCCUGUUGCUUUUUUGUUACUUGGAUAAAUGCAUGGAGAUGGAGGGCUUUAUAUUUUCCUACUACGAGCGACAUUAAAGUUUAAAGCAAGCACUUGAAGAUCAAAAGAUUUAUAUAUGGUUAUGGUGUUGAUCUUUUUGCAGGUUUUGAAGUUGAAGUAGUGAUAAAUAUAUCAUCAUUUGUUUAUCAUUAUUCAUCAAAUGGAGAACCCACCUCGAGUGUCACCCCACAAAGCCGGAAAGGGCGGAGGAGGGCCCACGGGGAGGAGGAGUCGGUACGCCGCUGCCGUUGACGACGGAGGAGAUUUGAUAGAGUGUUCUGGCAAGUAUUGCAGAUCAUGCACAACCGGGCUGGUUGCCGAUUGUGUGGCGCUGUGUUGCUGCCCUUGUGCGGUGGUGAACAUCCUGGCGCUGGCUUUUGUAAAGAUCCCCUACACGGUGGGGAAGAAAUGCUUGGGGUUGGCGAAGAAGAAGGAGAAAACGAAGAAAAAAUGCAAGAAACUUGAAGGCUCAUCAUCAUCAUGUGGAUUUCUAGUAGAGAGAAAUUAUGGAGAUUUGAACAAGGAGAAAUUACAGAUUGAAUCAUUUGCAUUAUUCGGUGAAGAUGAAGAAGAAAAAAUGGAUGGGGGUGUAAACAGUGCAAGAUUUGAAGCAGAGAGGAUGUGGUUAGAAUUGUAUCAGAUUGGCCAUUUGGGUUUUGGAAGAAUUUCUUUCACUGGAAUUCAACCUCAAGAUCAGGAAAAUUAAGCAACAAAAUUUGUCGUAUAAAUUAUUGUUGUUGUUGUUGUUGUUUUGGAUUGUGAAAAAGUCCCAAAUUUGUACCCAUUUCGGGGGUAUAUUUAAUUUGCAGUCAAAUUUAAGCCUGAGUUCUUGAGAAGCAAUGUAUUGAGAAAAAUUGUCCA